GUGAACUAACAAGAUGACAAGCAUUCGACAGUAAAGGCUACCGUAAAAAUGGCGCUUGCAGAAGUUUGCGGUCUCAAUUCGUUUAUUGAUUACAAUACAUCACGCGAUGAAGAUAUUUUCUCACGGGAGAUCGAACUUUAUAAAGGAAAUUUCAUUAAUAAUCUACAACUAGCUGUGCCACCCUAUGUAAAUCCAGCCGAACAUUUGGCCCGCCUUGCAGACGGAACCGAUGAAACUGGAAGACAGAUAAAGAUCAAAUUCGAUCAUGGUACUACUACAUUGGGUUUUCAAUACAAAGGUGGCAUUAUUCUUGCUGUUGAUUCACGUUCAACAGGAGGCGAAUUUAUCGGUUCAUCCACCAUGAAGAAGAUUGUGGAAAUCAAUGACUAUCUUUUGGGAACUUUAGCUGGUGGUGCUGCAGAUUGUGUGUAUUGGGAUCGUGUAUUGGCAAAAGAAUGUCGCAUGUAUGAAUUGAGAAACAGAGAACGCAUUUCUAUCGCUGCUGCUAGUAAGCUUUUGUCAAAUAUGGUAUAUCAGUACAAAGGAAUGGGAUUAAGUAUGGGUGUAAUGCUUGCUGGAUGGGACAAGAGGGGGCCUGGUCUGUAUUAUGUUGAUUCACAAGGUACCCGUACACCAGGAAAAGUUUUCAGUGUAGGAUCAGGAUCUGUCUAUGCGUUUGGUACACUAGAUUCUGGGUAUAGGUGGGACUUGUCCGACGAAGAAGCUUACGAACUUGGCCGCCGAUCUAUUUACCAUGCAACCCAUAGAGAUGCUUACUCUGGUGGUAUUAUAAGAGUUUAUCACAUGAAAUCAACAGGCUGGGUACAUAUUUCUGAUGAAGACUGUAAAGAUCUUCAUUACAUGUACCAAGAACAAAAAGAAAAAGGACUUAACUAAUAGGAAUUAAGUGUCACUGUACUCUGUCAUAUUUUUUCUUUAAUAAAAUUGAUUUCUAAAUAAAGAAUC